AAACACAACACGAGAGGCUACACAGCCCAUAGAAAUUGUUUUCGCAGAACAAGGCAAGUCAGAGGAAGGGAGAAGGAGGGGCCACCUGAGUGUGACAGAGAGACGACCAGGGCUGUGAACAUGUCGCUGUCGUACAGAACAACUAACACCACGCAUGAGCCCUAACCAGAAAAGAAGAAAAAAAAACUGAGAACUGACAACGAGCUAAACGCAAGACAUCACAGUUGCUAAGGCUGCUUAGUACAGCAUGUGAGUCAAUGAAGGCUUUCUGUGAAGGUGUGUUCUGGAAUAUGCAAUCUUCUGGAGUUUAACUGUGUUGGGAUUUCGGGUUGUUUGUGGCAGAUGGAUUUUCCAUUAACACUUGGAACUCUCAACCACGACCGUUGAUAUCCUUGAGAUCUGAGUGUAUUGUUAUGGCGAUGAUCGCCCUGUUUCGGGGGAAGUGGGGGCAAAAGACUUCGGAGGGACCACCAAAGCCACUGCCUAUACCCUCACAGCCCAGGCACGACGAUGAAGAGGAUGAUGACAACCUUCCCACUAAAGCGCCAAUCCGGCGGAAUUCCCGCUUUUAUCGGUCAAUGAGGAAAAAGAAGUCAUCAGUGUCAUCCGAACAGCAAGAAAGCUCCUCCCCUUCUCUAAAAUCAGUGUCUGACUCCAGCAGAAGGAGAACAUCAGCAUCGAGUAGGUCUCCACUCUUGCCUCGAACCCACUGCAACGGGAGUGCUGUGCAGGGCGGAGCUCGCUCUUGGUCUCCGACAGCAACGGCGAGAGAUUGGCGGCACAGAGGCGAGAUGGAGGAGCUGAGUGCCCGCACGAGCAGUGCCUGCACCAUGCAGGACAACGACACACACACACACAACACAGUCAAUCCCGACAACAUCUCACUCAGGCUGGUGAAGGCUGGUGAGAACUCUGAAAACACAAUCCCAGAGUACUUCGGUCACAGUUUAAACAUCGUGAAGCGUGUCCCAUUCCUGUAUCAGGAGUAUCGAGAUACGUCUGAGCAGCAGGAGAUUGAACAACGGCGGCAACGAGAUGGACUUCCACCCACAGGCCUGGGGUUGGAGUUGGAGGUGGGGUCAGGGGUGGGGUCGGGGGUGGGGUCGGGGGUGGGAUCAGGGGUGGUGUCCCCACCAGUCCUGCAGCUGCAGCUGCGCAGCACAGCGCGCUCUCUCAGCCUGUGGCAAAACCUGGAUGCUGUGCAAAACAGCGGCCUGCUCAAGAGCCUGCCCCAGCGAGAGGUCAUCCUACAGGAGGCCAUGUUUGAACUGGUGACCUCUGAAGCAUCCUACUAUAAGAGUCUGGAGCUCCUGGAGACACACUUCCUGCAGAAUACCCUCCUAAUCAACACUCUCAGCCAAUCAGACAUGCACUUUCUCUUCUCCAACAUUGCUGAAAUCAUGAAGGCAAGCGAGAGAUUUCUGAUGGACUUGGAGCACAGGAUUGAAGAGUCCAUCCUGAUCUCUGAUGUCUGUGAUAUUGUCUAUCACCAUGCUGUUAAUCACUUCCACGUCUUCAUCAGCUACGUAAUUAACCAGGUCUACCAGGAAAAGAACUAUCGGCGUAUUCUACAGGAGAAUGCUGUUUUCCGAGAGAACAUGGCUAUUCUGGAGAAUCAGCCAAAAGUCAGAGGCCUGUCAUUCACCUCCUUCCUCAUUCUCCCCUUUCAGCGAAUCACACGCCUUAAACUGCUGGUGCAGAACAUUCUGAAGAAAGUGGAAGAGAGCUCUGACAGGGAGAAGAAUGCUAUAAUGGCUCACCAGGAGUUGGAGAGGAUUGUGAAGGAAUGCAAUGAAGGAGCACGGAAGAUGAGUCGCACUGAGGAACUGAUCAGCAUUGAGAAAACUCUUGAAUUCAAAUCCAAGUCAGUACCAGUGAUCUCUCACUCCCGGUGGCUCCUGAAGAAGGGGGAGUUGCUGCAGAUGUCUGGGCCCAAGAGCACUCGGACCAUGCGCAGUCGCAAACUUUACCAUCCCAUCUACCUGUUCCUGUUCAAUAACCUGCUCCUCAUCACAAAGCGCAGCUCCAGUGGGGAGAAAUUCCAGGUAUUGGACUCGUGUUGUCGCUCCAUGCUGAGGACAGAGGACAUGGAAGACCAGGGACAGAUGCUGGCCUUUGUCUUCGUCCUCAAGCUGCUGGAGAACCAGGAGGACAGGCCCGUCAGCUACAUGCUAAAGAGCACCAGCAUGAGUGAGAAACAGCGUUGGAUCUAUGCCCUGACUCCCAAUCGGAGAACAAGAUUCAUGUCAACCAGCACUCACCAGCCAGACUCUCCUCAGAUUCAGUGUAUCCAGUCAUAUUCAGGCCAGGAACCUGAUGAGCUUUCUGUAGAGAUGGCUGAUGUCCUGCUUGUCCUAGAAAGAACUGAUGAUGGGUGGAUUUUGGGAGAGCGUCUGCAUGAUGGGGAGAGGGGCUGGUUCCCCAGGCGUGUGGUGGAAGAUAUUCUUAGUGCAGAGGUCAGGGCUCAGAACCUGAAGGAGUGCCAGAGGAUUCAGCUGGCCCAAGGAGCCCCACAGGCCUCCAGGGGGCGCCGCUCAGCUAAAUCCACAUUGUAUAGUCCCACCUGGAUUGACCAAUCAGAGCAGGAGCUGUAAGCGGCUUUGAUAAAAGCUCCUCCCACCACCUCCAUUUGGAAAAAGUGACCCGCGACCCUGAAUCAGCUAAGAUAUCAUGACUUCACUGGAUGAUGCCACUGGUAUUCAUUCUGUCUCAAGCACUCAUUAAAUGAAGGUCAGAGGUCACGACUGAGGUCCAAGAAGGCGCUGUGUUCUUGCACUCUAAAUGUCUGUGUUUUUGAUGGCUACUUUCAUAAACCCCUAGUUCUGUACAACCUGUUGAGCAUGAAAAAUUGCAGCAAACUCUUUCUGGGGACUACUCUUAUGAAGGCCUUCCACUUCAAUUGUCCAAAAGGGGCAUGAAGACAUUUGACAAAUGAUGAAAAGCAUCAGGUCGAAGACAAAUGAAAAAAAGUGCCAGGACUGUUUUGUUUAUGGAAUAUUCGAAUGUACAUGGUUACACAUUAGCGACGCUAUUGAGUUAUUUUUGGUCUGAAGCCCUGAGGAUGAGAAGGGUGUGUACUGAAUUGUGUACCAUUCAUUUUUCCCCCAUUGACAAAGUUUUAAACUGCUGCAAAAUAACUGACUUUAAAUAGUAGUUGUCAUUGGUGAACAUUUUGUUGUUAACAGUAGGAAUGUUGUCCAAAAUGGGGAGCACGGAGAUGGUGAGUUUUGCACAUCCUGAAGGAAAGAUUUUAAACACACACACACACACACACACACACACACACAUACACACUUGCGCAAUACGUAAAACACACACAAACACUCAGAAAGGGUAAUCUUGUACAACCAAUCUAACAAUAAGUGCUUCCUAAACAGAAUGCCCAUGGAAUAUGCAGAUGGUUUGUGUAAUUUGUGUGCACUUGUAUGCAUGGUAAAGUACAUAUGUGAUGUUCAAUGUGCAAUAAAAGGUAAUUUCCAGAUUACUGUUCUAUUUAAUUUUGUAAUGGAUAAUUUAUUGUUAAUGAAAAAUAAAGUUUAAAUGCUGAGAUGCACA